AUGAUGAUGGCCAGGUUAUACAGUGGUAAUCUUGAAAUGAUAUCUUUGAGAAAUGGCUCACGGUGGAAGCUUGAAUACUAUUGGACUUUCGUCUCUGAACCCAUGAAAGUACACCAUACCACAGCUGAAACACUGGGGGAUUGUAGAUUCCGAUUGCUGUGUCUUAGGGAUCGUGUCUUCUGCGCUUGCCCUUACACUCAAACUGUUUUGGCAGCUCUGUCCCCUACCACGCACUAG